CGGAGGGUCUGAGCUGUAUCUCAGAAACUCACUUCAGACUUCUUGUACCACUGCUCGUCUACAUACCUCGCCCACUUCGCCAUGGCCAUCUCCAAUACCACCACUGCCGAGCUCGUCUACUUCGUGCCACCCGCUGAUGGCUCGAAACCGUAUAGCGAUAUCAUGAAAGACAUCAGGACCGACGAGGGGAAGAAUUGGACUCAAUCAAUACGUCAGUUCGAGAUUGAGAACCUUCGUGGCAAGGAGGACAGUGUCUCUCUCGACACCACCGGCUUCGGCUUCUUCCGGCACCCGCAGAAGUACACCGCAUUCACAGACGAUGCCGAGAUCGAGAGGGAGUACUACCCCGAGAGCAUUGAGCUGGUGAAGAAGCUCACAGGCGCGAGCAGAGUGGUCCCAUUUGAUCACACCGUCCGCCGUCGUCGUCCUGGCGAGCUUGACGACAGCCCGCAAAAGCGUCAGCCCGUGCCCCUUGCACACGUCGACCAAACCAACGAAUCUUCAGUGGCGCGUGUCCACCGCCACCUCCCCGCGAGCGACGCUCCCGAGCUCCUGAAGCACCGCUUCCAGAUCAUCAACCUCUGGCGACCGAUCAACCACGCCGCGUGGGACUGGCCCCUCGCGCUCUGUGACUAUCAAAGCAUUGACGUCGAGAAUGACUUAGUCCCCUCCACGCUCAAGUACCCCGACCGCGAGGGAGAGACUCUGAGCGUCAAGUACAACCCGAACCACAAGUGGAAGUACUUGAAGGGUAUGGAGCCUGACGAGUUUGUGCUGAUCAAGUGCUUCGACUCGAGGCAAGAUGGGAAGACUGCCAUUCUCACCCCUCACACCGCCUUUGACGACCACAGCAAGCCCGAGGGCGCGCCGCUGCGGGAGUCGAUUGAGCUCAGGUUGCUCGUUUUCUACGAUGAUUAGAAAUUCAGCGCAAAAUAUGUAGAGUUGUGCUGCGAUCUGUAGUACUACAGAGGCUCCUACCGCGCUUCGUCACUUUAUAGCUGUCUGGGUUCUGGGCCUUGAAACAACCAGUAUAAAUUGUACACGAUUAUAAUUCUAUGCUCAACUUGUAUAUCAUGCUUUAAUUUUGCGCGCGAGAGCGAGUACUGGCAUAAUUUCGAUGUAACAACUGCGUCAUGGUCCCCCAAAAAAAAACGGCUGACGACGUCAGUGACUUCGUGGCGCUUUCGGCC